AGUGAUAAAAGAAAAAAUGGGGAAAACAUUUGCACACAGAAAAAAUGAAAUUGUCAACCAAUCACCCAGGAUUGAGGACAUCAAUGCCAGAUGGCCUGCUCUAUUUGAGGCAUCUCAAAUUCAGGAUGAGUUUUACAGAAUCACAAUGGUGCAUCUUGAGUCAAAGUUCAUGGCCAAGCUGGAUGAAUAUACUCCGAAGCUUGUGAAUCUCUUCCAAUCCAAGGGUGGAACCAUGGGGUUGAGGUUGCAGGCAAUCUUACUCAAGGCUCCAACCAAUCCUACCACUAAUGUGACCAGAGCUGUUGUCAUCCGAUGUUUGGUGGUGUACCUUGGGGAAUCUUUAGAUCAUCUCCUUAAAGAGUAUGAUGAUACUGAUGGAGACAGUGUGUCACAGGACCUUGCUGUGCAAAGGAUUAAAAUCUACACCAUCAAGGCGAAUACAUCAGAAGGUCCAGACGACGUUGGUAUCGUGGUAGAGGGCCUGAAAGUUCUGACCGCCCUGGGCAACUUUGCAAGGGCUUGCUCCAUGCUCCUUGGGUUGAUCUAUGCUGUAAAUUUGGCCUAUCCCAAGGAGCUCAAAUAUACGUUUGAAGUCUUCCAGAAACUCCUCCUCGAGCUGGACGGUUCAAAGCUGACCCCAAAAGUGAACAACCUCAAGAACAAACUGCUAGCUUAA